AUGGACAACAUCGACGAGGAAUAUGACCGGCUCGUUGAACACCUUCACGACUGCACGAAGAAGGCUGAGAGUUUUAAAACCACCAGGAGGCGCCUGUCUCUUGAAACUCUUGAGCUGAUACGCCAGCGUGGAGCAGCACAAGCCGCAGGGAACCAAGAACUCACGUCCGAGCUCGCAAAGCUUUGCCGAGAGGCGAUAAAGGAAGACCUUAAUAAGAGAAGAGCAGAAGUGAUGGCUGAAGCUGCAGAGGCGGGGAAAAGCAUCCGCUAUGCCCGUCGAGACUUCGCCAGUCGCAAGACGAGGAUGACUGCUCUCCGGAACCCAAAGGGAACAGCCACUGCAUCGAGAAGAUGGGGUGGAGAAAAUCAUCUACGACUUCUACUCUGA